GGCAGGAGGAAGUGAUGGUGUUUCUGACAGUAGCACAGCAGCUUACCCCGUCCUUCUGGGGCUCCACGUACAGCUCCUCACCGAUGCGAGACAGGGAAUGGAUGGCUUUAGCCAGCACUGUGAGAUGCACGCAUCCAGUGUGUGAGAUCUGAGGAACGCUGUCGAGAACCACCUCUCCUCUCAUCCUCGCUGACAUUACUGGACGCAAAGAGAAGAAGAGGUGGGACUAAAGCAAUCGCCGUGGACAUUUGGUGAAAGAGAUGUAAUGGAUACAAGAAGACUGCCAUCAGGAGGUGCUGACUUCUUCUGCUUUAAAACGAGAGUGGAGGACCACUUUGUCAUAAAAAACGGAGGAUUCUAAGUGGGGGAAAGGCAAAAUAACAGGAAGACGUCUACAAAAGAAGUGACAGGACGUUCAACGCGAAGAGAAAGUGUAAGCAGGAUGGAAAAAGACCAGAACAUCCAAACAAAAGGACUCGACCCUAGCAGGGAUUACUUUCUGUUGAAAUACUGUAACAUUUCAAAUUCUUCUAACAAGGUUUUCAGCCUCAGCAGAUCAAGAAAAUAGUGUGACAUUUUUGCUAGUUUAGCUAAAAAGAGGAUUCUUUAUGUAUACAUGUUUUUAUGAUCUAAAUGUGAUAUAUAGACCUUUUUGAGAUGUCUCAGUCACAUCAACAGACAGACUCGCAGGCCUUGCUGCAGUCCAUGCUUCAGAAACUGAAGCUCCAACCAGGAUCAGAAGGAUCCAGGCAAACGUUUGCCGUGGAUGCUCCCACACCUGUGCAACAUCACGAAAAAGGACCGUUCAGUCCACAGGGGGUCAACACCAGCCCAGUGGAAGUAUUUGGUUUCAAUGGAAGUGCCUUAAAAGAGUUUGGGUCCUCUGCUGAGUUUGGAUUCAGUGGUGGAAAAGGGAAGCAACCAGGUCCUGGCUGUGAGGUGAGCAGUCCAGUUUCCUUCCCUUCUUUUAAUUUCAGUGCUGUUGGCAACAAGAGCAAGAGCUGGGUGCUGGAACACGCCAACCAUCCUGGGGUCACCCCAGCAGGAAGCCAACAUCUGUUUCCUGCAACAUCACCAAAGGACAUCGAUCUCACUUCCUUUAAGUCCACUAAUGGAGACACGAGCACUUUUGGAAACUUUACAAUGACUCAACCCUUCCUUCCUAAUAAAGACACUGCUUUUAAUUUGAGGUCCAAUGAGACCACAGUUCAGGGGUUUACACCCAAAUCGUAUGUGUGGUCCAAGAAGAGUACUGAUACUGACAAAGACAACAAGGAGCUGCACACGGGGAGUGAUGCAGGUUUGGACCAGAGUAAAGACUUGCAGUUUGUCUCCAGCAACCAAAAACCAACUGGUAGCAGGAGAAAACAGAGAUCGUCUGAGAAUAAUACCAAAAAAAGAUGGACACAGAAAAUUAAGGAGAGGUUAAAGGACAAACAUGGGAACAAUGGCAAAAAGCCAAGAGGAGAGGAAGUCACAACAGACAAGAUAAUCGAGCAAGAAGCUCAGGUGGAAGAAGAUGUCUUUAAUCCCUCAAAAACAGAUGGGGAAAGGGCUCUCUCUUCAGGCAGUGGGGUUUCCAUCAAAACAGAGGACAGCACCAAUGACAGCAUUUCCAGGUUCACCAGUGACUUUGAGAUUGGCCUGGGGUCAUUUAGUCUGCUGGAGGAAAUUACAAAGGGUCAGGAGUGGGCAAAGUUCAUAAAUCCUAGCCAUUCAACCCCUUCAGUGCUUCAAAGGCCAUCAGUGGAGUCUGUAUUCCUGCCUCAAAAUCAGCCAGAUUCUCACAAUAGGAAUCAGUCACCGCAGACCCCGAAUCAUCCGGGAGAUGUGAGGGACAUUUGGAGUUCGAGGAGCACCGACUUAUCACCUGCUGAAGGCUUUAGGAUGCCCCCUGUCGUCAUGGAUCCUCAACAUUCAGAAGCGAUGGAAGAUGAUCAUAGCAAGUUUCACCUGCAGUCUGCAGGAAGUGAAGCCAGAAUGCAUUUUAGGUCUAGUUACAGACCUUCGUCUCAAACAGAUUCUGAAGAUAACGCGAACAAGUCUAUUCUGAUGAAGAAAUCCUACAGUAGUAGAAAGAGGCAGCAUCAGCAUCGGGUUGAGAGGAUGAUUGAAGAAACAGAUGGAGCGGGGUUAGUGUGUUCUGGAAGCCAAACCAACUUUGCUAUGAUGGAAGCAUCAGGACACUCACAGGAUAACAUGACACCUUUAAGGGCGCCACCCUCGCAUCUGGCUUUUUUUGCACCCCGUGGUGUCCUCAGACCCUCCAAGGACCACAGUUCAGAGGCCUCAAUGGAAACGGACACAAAAAGAAGGCGCGUGGAAGAAAACCGACGGGUUCGUUUUUCAGAGGAAGUGGUGACUCUACCCUCCUCAUAUCUCUACCAAAAUGUGACCGACUCAGAAGAAGAGGCGGAGGAGGAAUCAUUUCCAGAGGAGGACUCUGUCGCUGAGCAGGAGUGCGAGGUGGAGCAGCCGAUGAUGGAGGAGGUGGCGCCGGCCCGUCGGCCUGAACGAUCCGGCUGGAUAAAGGCUCUGAUUAGGAAGAAUACCAGGAGGAAGAACAAGCAGUGACUUCACUCUUCCAGGUCUUUCAUCUUACAAGACAAAUAAAGUCAGAGGACAUGUAAGCUGCUGCAAUUGUGCUGCUCAGAAUCGAGUUCCUUGCUUUUUUAAAUAUUUUUGAUAUGACAGAAUUUGUAAAAAAGUGGAAUAUGGGGGUGAUCUAACUCCAAACUUAAAA